UAUUUGACCAAUCAGGUAUGUCGACGUGGGGUUGAUGGGAAUACCGGAACCAGUAUGUCUACAUUUGCGGGAGUUUUUGACAGCUAUGGCAGAAAAUAUGUAUGGCUCGAAUGAUGUUAACGAAGAAGAGGAUGACUGUGUUAUUUUUAAGGGAUCACCAUUGUACACAAGUCUCUUACAGUCUGGAUCAUUAGCUGAAGAGUUAGAAGUUGAACAGACAGGAAUUUAUAAAUCUCCAGAAAGUUUUAGCAACAAAACAGUUAAGCAACAAAAUUCACAGGAAAAGGACAGAGCUGAUGAUGUAAGACCAGCCACUCUCAGCGGAAGAUGGAAGAAAAUCUGCAAAGCGCUGUUGUCCUGGUUCCUGCCAGACCUGGCACCCAUUUAUAACAGAUGCCAUGAGACACUUGUAAAGGAUUUAUCAGCAAGUUCCUGCUUAGAAGAAGAUGACCGGGAUUUCCUCUAUUUCUAUAUUCAGUCUUCUGGCAACACCAGGGAUAGAAAUAAACUUUACAGCAGGAUUUUCAGAUUAGCUUUUUACACUAUUCCGUGUCUUGUAUCCAUUUCUGCCUACCAUUUGUUCAUCUUGGAUACAGCUAGGCAACAGUUACCAUGGAGUACAAUGUUCCUAGCAACCAUUAUCCAUGCUGCAGUACUGGAAGCACUCCAAGAAGCUAGAAGUUACAAACAUAGAAGAAAGUGCAGGAAGGUUCUGCUGGUGUAUGAAGAUUUUAUAAGAAGAAAUGAAAAGAUCACUAGUAUGGUGAAGAAAUGUUUGCGACUUAUCCAGGAAACUGAACUCAUUUCUAGAGGCUUCACGUUAGUGAGUCAGAGAAAUCCACUCUCAAGAUUGGAGGGAGGACAGAAAGAUGUUGUUGCUAGGCAAUGUCCUGUGUUGAGAAAACUGGUGUUUACUGUUGGUAGAGAAGCUGUCCUUUUGUUCAGAGAGGAGACAAAAAAGUUGUUUGACAUCAACCCUUUAAGGAAAGAGCUAGAUAUACAAGGUAGUUACUUAGCCUAUGAGCCUAUACAGAGUUAUGGCCCUUGUCUGCAGACAGAUAUAGAAGAUACUGAUACACUCCACACAAUCACAGAUGGUUACUCUAUCUCAGCAUUAAAGGGUAUUACUCAUUUGCUGUCUUUACAUCAGUCAGAGUUCAUUAAAGCUCUCAUUUUAGUUCAGCAUGAGAGAUUUGAUAAAGACAUGAUUACAUCCCAUGUUGAGGAGCUGAAUAUUGUUGAGAGUAUUACAGCAAGACUGGAGGAAUGGACUGUGUCUCUGAAGAAGGCACAUGACUACCAUAGCUAUGCCUGGAUGAAUAGAGAACCAGUCUCAAAAACAUACAGGACACAGUCUAAUGUUGAAAACAUUUAUGUUGCAAUACACAGUCUAGAUUUGCAUUUACAAGCAGCACUUGCAAGGGUAAAGUGUUUGAGUGAACGUAUCCAAAGUCUGCCAGAUACUGGUCUGAUAGAUACCAACCUUGAUGACUUUUUGGACCAGAUGCAGCCAAUCAAAGCUGAGCUUGAGUCAUGCAAAGGAUGUUGGGAUGAGGGUGUGAAUAGAAUUGAAAAAGUGGCAGGGAAAUCUUCUUCCAGAGUUGAAGAAAGUCCUAGAGGAGACAGUCUGGCUGCCCGAGAACAGACACACAAUGCAGAAAUACCUGCAAAAUCAAUUGAGGAUUAUAUUAUUGAAGAUCAGGUGUUUGAGGGUUACACAGAUCCUGAUGAGGUUAUUGGUGAUUAUGAAUGGGAAAAGCCUUUAACAGCAGAGGAAAAGGAGAAGAAGAGGAGAGAGAAGGAGGAAGCACUUAGAAUGUUGUCAGAGCUGAAAACAGUUAUAUCUGUGAGAGCAGUUGAAACAGAGAAAAGAGAAAAAGCUGCUAUCUUGAAAAUGUAUCCGGGUCUCAGAUUUCCAGAAAAGUCAUGUGAUACUGAAUUGACCAGUCAGGAAGAAUCUGGAAGACCAUGUGCUCAUGUUGCAACCAAUCAAGAAACAUUUGAUGGGUCAUGUGAUCACAUGUCAGAUAUGCCAUCGGAGGAGAAAAAAGACAACAUAAAAAGUGACAAUGAUGAUGAAAUAAGCAAUACUAAUAUUGAAACAGUUUCUUCUUCCGGUGUUACUCAAAUUGAUAGAUUGACAAAUAUAUGCAUAGAUUCUGAAGACAAAAAUAAGGAAUUUCUUACUGAAGAUAAGCAUACAAGUUUAGCUGAUGAAUUGAAACAAAAUGAAAGUAAAGAAACAGAAGGUACAUCUUAUUUUUCUCAUAAAACUUUCGAAUCAUGUUAUGAGAGGGAUAAGCACUCAGUUAUUUCAAGUCGGGGUGUUCGGAGGUUACGGAAAAGCGAUAUUUUAGAUUUUAGUGACUCUGAUUUAGAAGAAUAUCCUGAAGAUGACAGUAUUGAUGAACAACAUAGUGAUGAGGAUGAAGAUGAGAUGCCAAGGUUAGGGCUUCCUCUUCCUACAUCAUCAAAGGAGGAGGAUACAGAGGAAGGUUCAGAUGGAGUUACAAAAUUCAGGUUACCAGUGUUAACACUUCAAGAAAGACUGGAACAUUUCUCUGGUGCAAAUUUAGGUUUGACUUCAGAACUUGCUGAAAAAGCAGUUGCAAAAUCAAAGAUCAUGGGAGUUAUGGAAGAGACAACAUUUGGUGGUGAUGUAUAUGGUGAAUGUUCUAGUAGCAAUGAUGAUGAUGAUGAAUGUUAUGAUAAUGAUGUAACCAACGAUGAUGAUGAUGUUCAUGGUGGAAUGAAAAACUUCAAAGAAACAUGACAGAUAUUUGGCUAAGAUGAUAAAUAUCACUAAAGUUUAAUAUAUAUGUAUUAUACUUCACAAAUUUUGUAACUCCUUGCUUGGAUUUUUGUUAUUAUCUCUGACAAAAAUUGACAUAUUUCAAUGAACAUCAGGUACGCUAUUUAACAAACACUUUGAAUAAAACAUAACAACAAUUACAAUCAGACAUAAAUUCAUUGAGCUGUGACAGUAACAAUAACAAAACUGUUAAUUAAAAAGUCACAGAAAGAGAGCAGUCUGGUGUUUGCCACUAUGCGUCAAGUAGUGUCAUCUGCAGGUUUAAAUAAUUUUGUGGCUCAUACCAGUUCAAAAGAUAGGACACUUUUAUUUACAUUUUUGAGCCUAAGCAAACUUUAUUUUAUUUGAUGUAUGAAGUUUCAGUAAAUCUACUUCUUAGUCGCGGAACUGAAUGAAACCAAAUCAAAUUUUUUUCAAGUCUUUCUACAUUAAAGUUAGUGAAUUUUAUCAUGGGAAUGGUAUUUAUGCAUAGAAAGUAUUUUUUGUUUAAAUAUCUUUGCCCUUUUAUUUCUGUUUUAUGAGAUUAUUGUAAAAAUAGUAGAUUAUAGUGCAUUUUUUUAGCUCACCUGAGCACAAAGUGCUCAAGGUGAGCUUUUGUGAUCGCCCUGUGUCCAUCGUCGUCCGUCCGUCGUCCGUCGUCAACAAUUUGACUGUUAACACUCUAGAGGUCACAAUUUUGGCCUAAUCUUAAUGAAACUUGGUCAGAAUGUUACCCUCAUAGAAAUCUUGGACGAGUUCGAUAUUGGGAUAUCUGGGAUCAAAAACUAGGUCACCAGGUCAGAGCAAAGGAAAAGCUUGUUAACUCUCUAGAGGUCAUAAUUUUGACCCAAUUUUAAUGAAACAUGGUCAGAAUAUUACCCUUAAUAAAAUCUUGGACGAAUUUUAUAUUGGGUCAUCUGGGGUUAAAAACUAGGUCACCAGGUCAAAUCAAAGGAAAAGCUUGUUAACACUCUAGAGGUCACAAUUUUGGCCCAAUCUUAAUGAAACUUGGUCAGAAUGUUACCCUCAAUAAAAUCUUGGAUGAGUUCGGUAUUGGGUCAUCUGGGGUCAAAAACUAGGUCACCAGGUCAAAUCAAAGGAAAAGCUUGUUAACACUGUAGAGGCCAUAUUUAUGACUGUAUCUUCAUGAAACUUGGUCAGAAUGCUACUCAUGAUGAUCUUAAAGUCCAGGUUGAAUCUGUAUCAUGUAGGGUCAAAAACUAGGUCAGCAGAUCAAAUCAAAGGAAAAGCUAGUUAACAUUCUAGAGGCCACAUUUAUGACCAUAUCUUAAUGAAACUUGGUCAGAAUGUAAAUCUUGAUGAUCUAUAGGUCAUGUUCAAAUCUGGGUCAGGUGGGGUCAAAAACUGUAUCUUCAUGAAACUCAGUCAGAAUGUUAAUCUUGAUGAUCUUUAGGUCAAGUUCGAAUCUGGGUCAUGUGGGGUCAAAAACUAGGUCACCGGGUCAAAUCAAAGGAAAAGCUUGUUAACACUCUAGAGGCCACAUUUAUGACUGUAUCUUCAUGAAACUUAGUCAGAAUGUUUUUCUUGAUGAUCUUUAGGUCAAGUUCGAACCUGAGUCAUAUGGGGUCAAAAACUAGGUCACCAGAUCAAAUCAAAGGAAAAGUUAGUUAACACUUUAGAGGCCACAUUUAUGACCAUAUCUUAAUGAAACUAUCUUGAUGAUCUUUAGGUCAAUAGGUCAGGUGAGUGAUACAGGGCCUUCAUGGCCCUCUUGUUAUUACUUUUCAGAAUUACAUAACCUGUCAAUAUUUAUCAUUAAUAAAACAAACACGAAA